AAGAAUGAUAAUCCUAAUCGAAUGAAAAUACUGCUGAAGAAAUAGGAGAAAUCUGAACUUUUGACUCUCGAUUAUGCCUAUGUGAUGAUUGCGUUCUAUACUUUACUGCAUUACUUUAGGAUCGCGGCCGAAAAGGACGUGUUGUGCCAAAUGUUCUUUCAUCAGAUAGAUACAUGAUAAAUAUGUUGGCAAAGUUUGACCAAGCUUUAUAAGAUAUAAUCAAAUCAUACAAUGACAACUUAGCAAAUGUAAAAUACAACAGCAAUCUUAUUAAGAAUUGUAAUGAUUCGAAAUAUCUUAGCGAGACGAGAUGAGAGGACAGACGGAAAUGAGAGAUCUCGCAAAUGUAUACGCAACGCCAAUGCCCUGACGUUUAGUCGUCUAGGGAAAAUUAAGAGGGUCAAGAUCCUUGGACAAUCGCACGUCGGGGUGAUUAUGGUCGAAAGACCGUCGUAGUGGUACGGCUGCGCACGGUAAAACAUGAAUGACAGCGAGAUCUAUCUAUUGAACUGGGAAGAAGAGGUACAUGCAUUAAACAACGAUCUUGAUAGAAGCUUUUAUAACGCGAACUAUCCGUCGUAUAAUCACACCUAUGAGGAUCUCUGGGAACUCGCCACGGAUCGAAUCGGUCUCGCGAUCGUUUUAUUGCUCUUCUCCGUAGCUACCGUUUUCGGCAACUCGUUAGUGAUUCUCGCGGUAUUCCGAGAGAGGCAUUUGCACACAGCUACGAACUACUUCGUGACUUCAUUGGCUUGUGCCGAUUGCCUGGUAGGACUCGUAGUGAUGCCAAUUAGCGCGGUGUACGAGGUAUUGGAGAACCGUUGGCUGUUCACGACGGACUGGUGCGACGUUUGGCGCUCGCUCGACGUUCUCUUCUCCACCGCGUCCAUUCUAAACUUGUGCGUUAUUAGUCUAGACCGCUACUGGGCGAUCACCGAUCCCUUUACGUACCCGACACGAAUGAGUAGGAAGCGCGCCGCGAUCCUAAUCGCGAUCGUAUGGAUCUGUUCGAGUGCGAUCUCUUUUCCCGCGAUAGCAUGGUGGCGUGCCGUUCGUACUGAGCAAGUGCCCGAAGACAAGUGUCCCUUCACGGAGAAUCUCGGUUACCUGAUAUUCUCGUCGACAAUCAGUUUUUACCUGCCGCUAUUCGUGAUGGUAUUCACGUAUUACAGAAUCUAUCGCGCCGCCGUGAUACAGACGAGGAGUCUAAAACUCGGCACGAAGCAGGUGAUGAUGGCCUCGGGCGAGCUCGAACUCACGUUGAGGAUACAUCGGGGCGGUACAACCACCAACACCGACGCCAGGCAUCUUUUUCGCACCGCCUCGAGCACACCCGAAGACCUGCAAGAUCUCGAGGAGCCGUUAACGGCUCUUCACAACAACGGUCUCACCAGAGUGCCCUCCGCGAGGAUCAGCAAUAAACAACACCUAGGAAAAAAUUUCUCCCUCUCGCGUAAACUCGCCAAGUUCGCCAAGGAGAAAAAGGCGGCGAAGACCCUUGGUAUCGUCAUGGGUGUAUUUAUUAUUUGCUGGCUACCGUUCUUCGUUGUGAAUCUAUGGUCGGGAUUCUGCACGAGGUGCAUAUGGCAGGAAGAAAUCGUAUCUGCGGCCGUCACUUGGCUCGGCUGGAUUAACAGCGGAAUGAACCCCGUGAUAUACGCCUGCUGGAGCAGAGAUUUUCGUAGGUGA